GAGACUGUCUUCCGAUUGGUUGAGGCGCGCGCGGAAGGCUGACGCCGUUGUGAGGGUCGCGCUAGGCGGGGCGGUUGGCGCGAUGGAGGGCGGCGGGUCCGUGUCCAACGUGGAACUGUGCAACUUGGCCUACGCGGGGCAGCUGGACGAGGUGAAGGAGCGCCUGGCUGCCAACCGGAGCUUGGCCACGCGCGCCGACCAGGAUAACAGGACAGCCCUGCAUUGGGCAUGUUCAGCUGGACAUGCAGACAUUGUCAACCUUUUGCUAGAUCUGGGAGUUCCUGUUAACGACAAAGAUGAUGCUGGCUGGACGCCUCUGCAUAUUGCGGCAUCAGCUGGCCGAGAUGAAAUUGUGAAAGCUCUGAUCAAGAACGGCGCCCAGGUGAAUGCUGUCAAUCAGAACGGCUGCACACCUCUGCAUUACGCAGCCUCUAAAAAUAAGCAGGAGAUCGCGCUAAUGCUGUUAGAGAAGCAAGCUAAUCCAGAUGCAAAGGAUCACUUAGAAUCUACUCCGCUCCAUAGAGCAGCAGCCAAAGGAAAUCUAAAAAUGAUACAGAUCCUUUUGAAGCACAAAGCCUCAGUCAACCUACAGGAUUCAGAGGGAAACACUGCUCUCCAUUUAGCCUGUGACGAAGAGAGAGCAGAGGAGGCCAAGCUCUUGGUGUCCCACGGAGCAAGUAUCUAUAUUGAGAACAAAGAGGAAAAGACUCCGCUGCAAGUAGCGAAAGGUGGUCUGGGUUCCAUCCUCAGGAGGCUGGUUGAAGGCUAGCGAUCCUCUGCUUGAACUCUGUCCUUGAUUAACUGCUGGAGGACGGUGGCUGAUCUUUGGCCCUAAGAGUCUCCAGUUUGACGGCCACCGUUCUUCAUCAGCUGUCUAUCCCAUCAUCUUCUGCAGCCAAACAGAAUCCCUUCACUUUCUUGGUCCCGCCGCCUUGGCAAGAGAAGGUGCUGGCACGAGAAGGAGAAGAUCUCUUCCAAAUGCCACUUGGGCCUUUCAGCAUCACAGUCCUCGAGAUGGCAGUCUUCCUAAACAAGCUUGCCAUAUUCAGUGUUUCUCAAGCAACAUUAUAGUCUCCUUGGGAUGCUGUUCUGUCUGAAAGUGGUCAAUUGCCUUUUUCUGAAUUCGAGCUCCGGAAGGGCUGUAUGAAAUAAAACAUGAUGUAGGAAAAUCCUGCUGCUUAUUUAAGAAUCGUGGAAGAAGGGAUUGCUUAGAGAGCAGCUACAUGAAGCACUGAGGGAAUAUUGUGAAGAUAGACCAUUGGUUAUGACUAUAAACUGUCAGGAAGAGGUCUGCGUCUUCUGAAAGAAAGGGUUUCUGACAUCUUGAAGCCCAGAAUUCUUACUGUGCAGCUGCUGUUUGUUGCAGGAGAUGGCUCAUUAAAGUAAUGAUGCUUGUCCUA